AGCAGGAUCUACAAACCACACAGAACGCUUGGCCUGGUAUCAAAUGAUAUCCCAGCAGUUCUGCAGACCAGAGGAGCAGAACACUUUGUUACAACAUGUGUUGGGAGGUCACUCAACACAUACAAUUGUAAGAAGUUAACUCUACAAUUUGUUUCUCCUCUCCACCAUGAAAAUAUUGGCUGUCUUGCUGGGCACAAAGAUUUUCUGUUUAGCUCAGUGGCUGACAAAGUAUUCUCUUGGAUUAGGGGAAAGCUUGUCAGAACGUAUGUGGGUCACAGUGCAGAUGUGACUCAUCUGCUCCCUUUUGGAGAUCACAUUAUAUCUUUUGGAGACGAUAAGAGAAUGAUAGUGCACGAUAUUGAAACUGGGGAGGUUUACGCUGAUAUGUGGUUACAAAGCUGUGUGACUGCAGUUACUCAUCCUGCUACUUACCUUAACAAGGUUCUGCUGGGGAACAAAGACGGAGUGAUGGAGCUUUGGAAUGUAAGGACCUUGAAGCUGAUCCACCAGUUCAAACCUCUUGGAAGUGCAGUCACUGUUCUUACUCAGUCACCGGGGAUAGAUAUAAUCGGAGUGGGUUUGAAAAGUGGAGAAAUCCUCCUGCACAAUCUCAAACAUGAUGAAACAAUGAUGAAGUUCUACCAGGAUUGGGGAUGUGUCACUUCUCUGUCCUUCAGAUCAGACGGAAUAGCACACAUGGUAUCCGGCUCCACGGAGGGACACUUAGCAGUGUGGGAUUUGGAGCGUCAGGAACUAAACAGCACCAUACACCACGCCCAUCACUCUACUGUGGCCACCUCCCACUUCCUCGCCUCUCAACCCCUCCUCUUUACUGCUGGAGAUGAUAACGCUAUCAAGAUAUGGGUGUUUGAUGGUCCAGGUGGUACAGCUAGGUUGCUGAGAGAGCGCUCAGGACACAGAGCGCCUCCUACCAUUGCACGGUUCUACAGCGCAACUGCGGAGAACAUUCUGAGCGCAGGGCAUGACAGGAGCGUGAGGAUGUUCAGUGUCAUCAAGGAUGAGCGCAGCAAAGAACUUAGUCAGGGGUCUAUGGAGAGUAAAAGUAAGAAGAUUAAUGUUCGAGUAGAGGAAUUGAAGCUUAGCCCUGUCACUGCACUUGCAGCAGAGGAGAUAAGGGAACGAGAGUGGAGUAAUGUGAUAACAGCGCACUCAGGGAGCAGGGACGUGCGCGCGUGGAGCACCUUACAGGGCGCACUCAGUGACAAACCGCUCUCUCCUAAACUAGAAACUAUCGUCGUCACAGCAGUAUCAAUUACAGUGUGCGGAAACAUAGCCAUAGUUGGGUACAACUCUGGGCAUCUCACUGCUUUUAAUAUACAAUCUGGUAUCAACAGGGGACUUUUUGGAAAAAUUCAUGCUCACAGAGGAAAAGUUGUUGGAGUAGCUUCUGAUAAUAUCAAUAAGUUUGUCAUCAGUGUGGGACACGACACUCAAGUUAAGCUGUGGGACCUGAGUGCCCGAAAAGAGUGCCACACCCUCAGUCUGCCACACUCUGCCACACACAGUACACUACACAGGGACAGUAACUUGCUGGCUGUCUCACUGGACACUAACACUGUUUGUGUUGUGGAUAUUGACACUAGGAAGGUUGUCAGGGAGUUUAGACAUAGUGAUUCUGUUCUUGAUAUGUGUUACAGUGUGGAUGGUAAAUCACUGCUGGUGUGUUCAUCAGACUCUACAAUACGGCAGUGGGAUCUCAUUACAGCUCGACUAAUCGACUGUUUUAAAACUCACGCACUCGUUACUUCUAUAUCCCUGUCUAAGGAGAACCUCGUCACCACUCAUCACAACGAACUAGGAAUUUGCUUGUGGACAAACAGGACGCUGUACGAAAACGUGGAGUUGAGACCUUUACCCGACGACUAUGAACCGCGCAUAGUCGAUCUAUUAGAUGCAGAGAUACCUACAGACAUGGAAGUAGAGGAUUCCUCAGCAGAAGAAUGGAAGAGCACAGACCAGAUAAACGAGUCCCUGAUAACUUUGUCUACAGUUCCAAAAGCUAGGUGGACUGCGUUGUGUAAACUCGAUAUCAUCAAGAAACGUAACAAGCCAAAAGCUCCCCCAACUGGUCCCAAAGCAGUUCCAUUCUUCCUAUCAACUACAAGAGAGCUGGUACCAAAGUUUGUCUUGGAGGAAAAUGAAGCGGAAGAAACUGAGAAAAUGAAAGCUGUUAGGUAA